AAUGACAACAAUUUGUCACAAUCAUAAUAAUAACAAUUGGGUUCAUUUCAAUUCCCAUGAAAACCAAUGUUUUGAAGAUGAAGAAGAAGCUCUAUCUCUUUGCGAUCUUCCUAUCACUAACAUCCAAGAACUCGAAAUCAUUUCAAAAAACGUCGAAAAUGAUCAACAAGACUUCGAAUUCGGUCCAUGUCUUUCCAACACUACGGGUAUAAAGUCACAAGACAAUAUGUGUAACGCGGAUGAGGUUUUUUUUCAAGGUCAACUUCUUCCUUUGCGACAUUCGGUUAGCUAUGAAGAAAAAGCCGAACAAAAACAACAGUUAUUAAUCACACGGAAAAUAAACCGGUCCAUGAGUGAUCCUCGAACCAUGGUUCGUUCAAAUAAUAAUAAUAAUAAUAAUAAUAAUAAUAAUAAUAAUAAUAAUGGCUACAAACCAACAAGAGUAAGAAACUUGUUUCAUUCACACCCGAGUCCAUCUCCAAAAAUUCGAUCUCGAACCCUUUCACAUUCUAAUAAUUACCCGAAAUCAUCAUCAUCGUCAUCUUUAUGGAGUUUUUUACAAGUGGGUCUAGUCAAACCACAAGAAAUCGGGUUAUCCGAUUUGAAAAACAGAAGCAAGAGAUUCGGGAGUCAUAAUAGUAAUAGUAGUAGUAAUAGUAGUGGUACUACUACCACCGAUCACCAGAAUAUUCCAAAAUCUAGUAAAAACAUGAAGAAAAAACAAAGGUUGUUUUUUGGUGGAUGUAAAUGUUCAGCAGAUGACUCAAUUGAACGUACAAUAAAAGAACAAGUACCGAAUUAUAAGAUGAAGAAAACGACAAAAGAAAAAUCAACAACAACAAGGUCGUUGUUGUUACAAGAUCAAGGAAUUAAACAGACGGUGUCACGUCAUCGAACGUUUGAAUGGUUAAAGCAGCUUUCUAUUGCUACCACUGCUGCUCAUCAAAGUGAAAAUUAAAUGAUUUUAGUAAAUGAUGAUUAUAGUUGAGCAUGCUAGGUGCUAUAGCUAUAAUAAGUUGUAGUAGCUAGUAAUGAUUUAAUCAAUAUCCUUUUUUAUUAUUA